CACGCCCCUCCCGGCAGUGACCAUGCCUUGCUCAUGACAGGGCGGACUUUAUUUUGGGCCUUCCCGCGGCUAGCAGAGGAUUUGCAUGUUCCAAGUUCCUCAGGAGCUUGCAACUUGUGACUUGUGACUUGUGAGAUAUCGUCAAAGUUUGGGCCCGAUUUUCCAAAUUGUGUUGCUAAAGUUGUGGUGGCCGUGCUGGGAACAGGAAAGGAUUCUUUCCUUUCACCUCUCAUCCCGAAGCCUUCCUGCUGGAUCCACUCGUCUUUCAAGCCGGCCGGCGGGGGUUAAAGGGCACCCGGAGUGAAUCGCCUGUGAAAAACGACUCGCGCUCACUCGCCGGGCGUAUCCACGGAACCUUGUCACUUCCCGUGCGCUCUCAAUGAAUCUCGAGCCUUUCACCCGCCCGUCCUGAGCGUGGACUGCGCGCGGGCGAGAUUUGUUUGCUCGCGACUUCGGCCGCCGUGCCGAGAAAGCGCUUCCAGAACGACUUCUAGGAAUCGUUGCGUGUGUCGACUGGAUGAAGUUGGCGAGUACGCGUGGAUGAAAAGCUCGUUACCUUUCUUUGAAAGGGAAUUGACGGUGAAACCUGCAGACCCAAGCGGCCCCGAAGGCUCUGACAAAUAGCGCAUCUCCGCCGAGGGGGACAGCGAAGAUUAAAACAAGCGAUUCCGGCGGACGCCUUGAAGAGAUUCUAGAGACUGAACGAGGGAGCCGAAGGAGGUGAUCUUCCAAGUUGCGUUCUUCUCGAUGCCCUGAGUGCAGGAUCUUCGGAGACGAGUCUGUUCGGACGAUGGAGUGAGGGAGUGCGCGUUAGGAGAGCGGGACUGCAGCUCUUGGAAAGAGCUUAGCUCGUAUUGGACAUUAAGUGACUGUCUGAGUGAGAGGAGACAUGAGAGGAAGCCUUUCCCGUGCCAGCUUCUUGGAGAGCAAUUAACCCUCUGGCCAGCGCGAGUGACUACCUGGCUUCCAUUUUCUUGAUUGCGGCGGUUUGCUUGUACGAGCCGCGGUCAUGUUUCACAUACCGCCUUGCAGACCGGACGGGACCGGGUGGCGGCGACACCGCUCGGUUCUUCUGCUCCUGUUGCUGCUCGACAGCUCCCUCAAGGCGGGACAGGCCGCCAAACCCAAAGGCCCGGGUCACACCCACCUGAACUCGAUCCGUAUCGACGGGGAUAUCUCCUUGGGCGGGCUCUUCCCGGUCCACGCUAGGGGCCACGAGGGCAAGCCGUGCGGUGAGCUGAAGAAGGAGAAAGGGAUUCACCGGCUGGAGGCCAUGCUCUUCGCCUUGGACCGCAUCAACAACGAUAACAACUUGCUCCCGAACAUCACGCUGGGCGCCCGGAUCCUGGACACUUGCUCCCGGGACACGCACGCCUUGGAGCAGUCGCUCACCUUCGUGCAGGCGCUGAUCGAAAAGGACGGGACGGACGUUAAGUGUCUGGGUGGCGGGGCGCCCAUCAUUACCAAACCAGAGAGGGUGGUGGGUGUCAUCGGAGCGUCGUCCAGCUCCGUUUCCAUCAUGGUGGCAAACAUACUGAGACUCUUCAAGAUCCCGCAGGUGAGCUACGCCUCCACGGCUCCGGAACUGAGCGACAACACUCGCUACGACUUCUUCUCCCGGGUGGUGCCCCCGGACACGUACCAGGCGCAGGCCAUGGUGGACAUCGUCAAAGCCAUGCGCUGGAACUACGUCUCCACCGUGGCGUCGGAGGGCAACUACGGCGAGAGCGGAGUCGAGGCGUUCAUCCAGAAGACCCGGGAGGACGGGGGCGUGUGCAUCUCUCAGUCGGUAAAGAUUCCCAGGGAGCCCAAGCAGGGCGAAUUCGACAAGAUCAUCAGACGCCUACGUGAGAAUCCCAACGCCAGAGUCGUCAUCAUUUUCGCCAACGAGGAUGACAUCAAGCGGCUGCUCCACGCUGCUAAAAAGGCCAACCAGACGGGUCAUUUCAUUUGGGUGGGCUCCGACAGCUGGGGCUCCAAGAUUUCUCCUGUCCUGCACCAAGAGGAGAUGGCGGAAGGGGCGGUCACCAUCCUGCCCAAGCGCCAGUCCAUCAAGGGCUUCGAUCGCUACUUCAUCAGCCGGACGCUGGAGAACAACAGACGAAACAUUUGGUUUGCCGAGUUCUGGGAGAACAACUUCAGCUGCAAGCUGAGCCGACACGCCCUAAAGAAAGGCUCCGGCCUCAAGAAGUGCACAAAUCAGGAGCGUAUCGGGAAAGACUCCAACUACGAACAAGAAGGCAAAGUGCAGUUUGUGAUCGAUGCGGUCUACUCCAUGGCCCACGCGCUGCACAACAUGCAUCAGGAGCUAUGCCCGGGCAAGGUGGGCCUCUGCGCCAAGAUGGACCCCAUCAACGGCACACACCUGCUCAAGCACAUACGACGCCUUAACUUUAAAGGUAUCGCGGGAAACCCGGUCCUCUUCAACGAAAACGGAGACGCUCCCGGGCGCUACGAGAUCUACCAGUACCAGAUCCGAAACCUCACAGCAGAAUACAAGAUCAUCGGCCAAUGGACGGAUCAACUCCAUCUCAACGUGCGUUCUAUGCAGUGGCCCGGCGCCGUCCGUCAAAUCCCGUCGUCAAUUUGCAGCCAGGCCUGUCAUGCCGGUGAGCGCAAGAAGAUUGUGAAGGGCAUCCAGUGUUGCUGGCACUGCGAGCGGUGCGACGGCUACCAGUACCAGGCAGACACAUUCACCUGCAAGAUGUGCCGCUUCGACUUGCGGCCCAACGAGAACCACACGGGAUGCGUUCCUAUCCCCAUCGUCAAGCUGGAGUGGAGCUCUCCCUGGGCAGUGAUCCCGGUGCUCAUUGCGGUGGCGGGCAUCAUGGCCACCCUCUUCGUGGUGGUCACUUUCGUGCGGUACAACGACACGCCCAUUGUGAAGGCGUCGGGCCGCGAGCUCAGCUACGUGCUGCUCACCGGCAUCUUCCUGUGUUACGCCACCACCUUCCUGAUGAUCUCCACCCCUGACGUGGGGAUCUGCUCCCUGCGCCGGAUCUUUUUGGGCCUGGGCAUGAGCAUUAGCUACGCCGCCCUGCUGACCAAAACCAACCGCAUCUACCGCAUCUUCGAUCAGGGCACCAUGUCCUUGAGCGCGCCCCGGUUCAUCUCUCCGGCUUCGCAGCUCAUCAUCACGUUCACGCUGGCCUCGGUGCAGCUGUUAGGCGUGUGCAUCUGGUUUGGCGUGGAUCCCUCCAAGGCCAUCAUCGACUACGAGGAUCAGAGGACGUCUAACCCGGCCAUGGCGCGCGGCGUGCUCAAGUGCGACAUCUCCGACCUCUCCCUGAUCUGUCUGCUGGGUUACAGUAUGCUGCUCAUGGUCACCUGUACCGUAUAUGCCAUUAAGACCAGAGGGGUGCCAGAGACUUUCAACGAGGCCAAGCCCAUUGGUUUUACCAUGUACACCACUUGCAUUAUCUGGCUUGCCUUCAUCCCCAUCUUCUUUGGCACGUCGCAGUCCACAGAAAAGAUGUACAUCCAGACCACCACGCUGACCAUCUCGGUGAGCCUGAGCGCCUCCGUGUCCCUGGGCCUGCUCUACAUGCCCAAGGUCUACGUGGUUCUCUUCCACCCCGAGCAGAACGUGCCCAAGCGCACGCGCAGCCUCAAGGCCGUGGUCACCGCCGCCACCAUGUCCAAUAAAUUCAACCCCAAGGCCGGACUCAGGCCCAACGGCGAGGCCAAGACGGAGCUGUGCGAAAGCCUGGAAACGCAAAGUUUCUCCACAAAGCAAACGUACAUCAGCUACAGCAACCACGCUAUCUAACCGACGCCUGCAAGCCAAGCUCAAGUCUCCAUCUUUCAAAUUCAGGAUUUCCACCUGAUCGGUUUGUCAGGAGUGUCAUUUUCACACGGAUGGAAAUCAUGGGAGCGUGUUUCUUCCGAACACAGCAGUGACUGCAGGAAAGCACUUGUGUGUGUGUGGUGGGGGUGAGGUAUCAUCAUGUCUUGUUAAAAAAAAAUAAAAUAAAAUAAAAUAAAAUACUGCAUGAAAGUUACCUGGAAACUGAAAAACGGACGUUAUUUUUCUUUGAUUCAUCCGCGUAGUGACUGGGUGACGGUGAACUCGGAUGCCGAAAAAUGUGCUCAAAUGUGCUGUCGUCGGAAUUUUCAAAAUGGGGCAAU